AUGGGCUCGACUGAGAAUCCGAAACCUCAGGCCAGUACACUUCUUCCAAUGAUCGCACUUUCUUCCUCUGAACUGCUUCGCAUCCAUAUGCAUUUACUCCUUUACUUCCUUCCUGUGAAGCAGGCUAUAUUGGUCGUACGAGUCAGCGCCUCUCCGCAAGAGUACGUGAACACCUCCCGGCAAGGGCUGAAGAAAGGUGAAGUUAAGAGCAUGCACAGCCCCAUCCUCGCACACAUGGUUGAUUCUGAGCACCGUGCGGAUCCCAACGAAGCCUCCUGUGUGAUUUACAAGGUCCCACCUAACUACCCUAAGUAA